UUUGCUCCUGCUUAACUUACCCAAAGAUGUCUUAUAACACUUCUCUCAUCAGCCCAAGUCCUAGAGAGGAUCUCAAGGGUGACAGUUUCUUGGAGGAAAGCAGUGGCAGGGGUGAUGACAGCAAUGUCCUGGGAGGGGACAGCCUGGUCACAGGGCCGCUGGGUGCAGUGCUGCUGGUCAUGUGCCUCACUGGGAUGGUGGGGAACAUCUACACAGUGGCAGUGGCCUCGGGCAGGGUGGCAGGCUGCUCAGCAGGCUCCUUGGGGGUCUACAUGAUCAACCUUGCCCUGGCUGACCUCCUGUACCUUUCCACCAUCCCCUUUGUGGUUUGCACCUAUUUCGCCCAUGACUGGUUCUUUGGGGAUGUGGGUUGCAGGCUUUUGCUCAGCCUGGACCUCCUCACCAUGCACGCCAGCAUCUUCCUCCUGACUGCCAUGAGCCUGGAGAGAUACUGGGCGGUGGCCAAGCCUCUGCGGGCCCGGCGGGCCAGCAAUGCCUACCGCAGACUGGCCAGUGCCGUCCUCUGGCUCCUCUCGCUCCUGCUCACGGCCCCCAUGAUGGCGAUGACUCAGCUGCGGGAGGGGGAUGGCCCCCCCAAGCGCAUCUGCGUCCCCGCCUGGACGCCAGCGGCUUUCCGGCUCUACCUGACGGUGCUGUUCUCCACCAGCGUCCUGGCACCCGGCACCGUGCGGGGCAUCGUCUUCGCCCGCCUGGCCCGCGCGUACCAGUCCUCAGCCUGGGGCCUGGGGCUGCCGCUGGCCGGCCGGGCCCCUGCCCAGCGGCUCCUCUCCAGGAUCUCUGCCAUCGUGGUGGCCUACUGGGCCUGCUUCCUCCCCUUCUGGGCCUGGCAGCUGGCCGGGCUGUACCAGGGAGAGAGGCUGGGCAUCGGCCCCACCGCCCAGGCCUACCUUAACUUCGGUGUCACCUGCCUGGCCUACGGCAACAGCUGCGUCAACCCCUUCCUGUACACGCUGCUUGCCAGCAGCCGCCGCUGUGGCCGUGGCCGCGCUGGGACGGGCGUGGCGCGGCCUGCAGCGCCCUCUCAGCCGGCUGAGGGAAGCCACAGCAUCCCCCUGGCUUUCAGAGAGCUGUCGGGCUCUGAGAGGGACAGCGAGGGGUGAGCCGGCUGGGAACAUCUGACCUUUGGCUGGGGUCAUGUUGAGAAAUAAAAGUGUGUCACCUUCCA